AUGGCUAGCGUACGUUCUUUCCUUGAGUUGCGCGAUUACUCUUGUUCGGUCUUAUAUAAAAGGACAUUUUAAAUCAUGUUCCUAGGUUUUUUGUAGAUUUAAUCAGUCGCUUAUGUUAUAAGACAGACAUUUAAUUUAUUCAGGUCAUAGGCGCUCAGACAUUUCCUUCUUGUUGAACCUCACGUCGAAGGUGUUGCCAAUCUACAGAUUAGACCUAGCCGGAGGGCUGUCUGCGCAAUGUGGGCACUUGUGAGUGGUAGCGCAGGUCAGCGAUACUGUUGCUUGAUAGGCUCAAGGGUGCGCCAGGAAGCAUCGGUGUUAAUACCAUUGAUCCUUACUAUUUCGUACUGUUUUCACUGAAAACUUGCAGCGACGUCGUUUACGACGCAAUGAGUUCUCAUCCUAUCCUUCAAGUCGUUUUGCCUUUUGUCGAAAGUGGCAUCUGUGACGCCCAAAAACGUUUACUCAGGCCGUUUCGCUUAUUCUAGGCUUUCAAUUCAUGCUGCUUGCAAUUUGUAGGCCGAGAACACUCUUAUACGUACGAGGAAGUUCAUGUCCAAUAGACUGCUUUCGCGAAAGCAGAUGAUCUUGGACGUUUUCCACCCUGGCCGUUCUGUCCUCUCGAAGAAGGAAAUCCGAGAUCGCUUGGCGAAGAAGUACAAGACCACGCCCGACGUCGUAUUUCCCUUUGGCUUCCGCACCAAGUUCGGUGGCGGCAAAUCCUCAGGAUUUGUCAAUGUGUAUGACUCGCUGGAUCAUGCGAAAAAGUUCGAGCCGAAAUACCGACUUAUUCGCGUAAGUCUCAUUUGAUGGAUCUAUGGUUCUUUAGAAUGGCCUUAUGGAAGGAAAGAAGUCCGGUCGCAAGCAGCGUAAAGAAAGGAAAAACAAGAUGAAGAAAAUUCGCGGUGUAGCCAAGGCAACUGGUAUCGAGAAAAAGAAGAAGAAGAAGGACUAA